AUGCUACUGCGCUUUUUGUUGUGUGCUUUGAUUUUGUUUCUGAGUGUACCCUCUCUGUGUGAGACGGCUGAGGUUUCUCCUCUUGAGCGGUCUUCUCGUGAAUGUCCUACCACUACUGCUGAUGGUGGUGCUUGUCCUGCCACUUCCCGUGUUGAUUCUCCUCAGCAAGAACAAUGUCGUCCCACCGAAGAUGUCUCUAAAUGCAGUGAACCUACCAAAGAUUUAAAAGAGAAGCUUCAGCCUUCUGAUAAACUUGAUACAGGGAGGGACGCAUUGAACGAAGAAGAUCGGAAUCAAGGGCUAGGGGAAAAAAACAGAGAACUUGAACUGACUGAAGAAACAGUUACAAGUGAACUCAAUGGCCACCAACCUGCAGAAAUCAAAGGAAAUGCUACACCACCACCGGGUAAUGGUAGUUCUGGUGACAGUACCAUUCAAGGAACUGAAUUGCCGGCCCAGUCGCAACAGAACACUAUGGAAGUGCAACCGCCUACAACUACAGGAGAAGAUGAACCUAAAAGUAAUGAUACUACACCCAAUACAGAAUCCGUUGCCCAAACAACUGCACAAUCACAAGAAGAUAAUGGAACACAAUCAUCUGUUGCCGAUACCGCUGGGACUCCUGCAUCACCUUCACCAGAAGGAAAUGCAAAUACUGCGGAUGACACUACAACACAAAAUGAAGGAUCAACCACCGCAACAACAACACUUCCUCCUGAGCCUGCAAUCAGCAAGAAGGGUGAUGCAGACAGCAGCAGCAGUAUCAUCAGCAGUUCUGUGUGGGUGCGUGUACCACUACUGAUUGUGGUUACACUGGCCUGUAUUCUUGUGUGCUGA